UAGUAGGCGAGUGGAGAAUGUUGGGAACCAAGUCGAAAGCAAGAAGCAGUAUCAGCUUGAUUUGGAGAAAAUUGUUAGUGGGGAAGAUACUAGGACCACACUAAUGAUAAAAAACAUCCCCAACAAGUACACAUCAAAGAUGCUUUUGGCUGCUAUUGAUGAAAAUCACCGCGGUGCUUAUGAUUUCCUAUACUUGCCCAUUGACUUCAAGAAUAAGUGUAAUGUCGGCUAUGCUUUCAUCAAUAUGGUGUCUCCCACACAUAUCAUUCCUUUCUAUGAGGCAUUCAAUGGUAAGAAGUGGGAAAAGUUCAAUAGUGAAAAAGUAGCUUCACUAGCUUAUGCUCGAAUUCAGGGCAAGACUGCUCUAGUAACACACUUCCAAAACUCGAGCCUAAUGAAUGAGGACAAGCGAUGCCGGCCAAUUCUCUUUCGAUCUGAAGGCCAAGAGAUUGGUGAUCAGGAUAUUCUCCUCUCAAGCAACCUGAACAUAUGCAUUCGUCAGCCAGAUGGAUCAUAUUUAGGGGACUCAUUGGACAGCCCAAAGGGCCACCCAGAUGAAAAACCAGAAAAUUAACUUAUGUUGGUUCAUUUUCCAAGCCUAAAGAUUGAAAAGGCUGGGAAAACUAACUGUUGGAUAGGUAUUAAUAUGGUAAAACUAAGUGAAACUGAGGGAGUAUUUAUGAUUGAUGAAUAUUUUACUUUGAUCAUUAUUUUUCAUGAAGGGUAUUGCAGACAAGGAGGCAGAGAGCAUUUUUGUUGUAGGUAGAGGGAACAUAUUGUAAUUUAACCAUGGUAAAUAAGGAGAAUCACUCACAUGGCUACUGGCCUAUAAGUCUCUCUGCAGCAUCGUGCGUUGCUUCCAGCUUGUUUGUGAUCGAUCUUCUGUGGAGUCUAUAUUAGAGGAGUCUGCAUUUUGUGUUUGUUCAUAGGGGGUUUCAAGUCCAGUGCAAAUAUGAGUUGUUCCUGUUGAUAUUGGUUGGUAAAUUCUGUGGGUAAUAGGGUUUAGUUUCUGUUCAAGAAGUGUACAGAUGGGGAGGGGAGGCCACCGGGAUGACCUUCCAUAUGUCAAGUUGUUGAUAACAUGUAGUCAACAGAAUUGGUGUUGCCUCAAAUUAAUUAUUGUAAAUUCGUACUCUUUGUCUAUCUUUUGGAUCCUUCAAU